UGAGUAUGCGGCUAAUCUGGCUCCUAUCCAAGUACCGCCGUGAUUCACGACAGGCUCGGCUGGUUCCCUGCCUGCGCUGCCCAUCUUCCAGAUCUCCCCGUGUUCCGGCAUCUCCUAGCAACCAGCAGAAACUUUACGCGCUGAGCAGAACUCCGAGCAGCAAGCCUGACGCUGUUUCCCCCGGAUAAAUCCCAUGCGCACAUUGUCAGUGACUGAUUAACUCGGAACCUACUGGGUUGUGUUGCUGUCCCGUCCCCAAGACAACUAGCUAACCUCGAAGUGGAAAUCUCAAUACCUGGCUCUUCAGAGGCCGUCUGCCGGAAGAAUCAUGACCCACAGCAUCUCCUUUGCAGAGCUGAUCAACCUGGCCAUUGGGACGCCAGAACUGGGCAAUGUCAACUUCAACGCCCUCCAUUUAUUCCUGCACAGCCUCUUGGAUCACCUCCACUUGAAAGACAUGAAGAAGGAAAUCACCGACGACGAGCUGGACUUCAUCAAGCCCCCGAAAGACCUGGCCACAAGCGUGGCGACCUCCGAAGUGGUCCAGCCAGCCAAGAAAUCCAGCUCAAUCUUCCACCAGCUGCACGACAGGGUUGUGGCGCUUGAGAAGCAGCUGAAUUUCCUGAACGAGGCUCCCACCACUGCCGAGCUGCUGGCCCGCAGCCAAGGAGCUGCCCAGCCGGCCCAGGACAUGUGGCAGAUUAUGCAGCUGAAGAAGAAGAUGGAAAUGAACGAGGCUGGGAUGACCAAGGCCAUGACUACCUUGCAGGAGCUGCUGAACAACAUCUGCACCCUGCAAACAGCCACAGAGGGCUUUCAAGGAGAGCUGGGGCAGCUGAAGGAGCACUUCACCAAACUCAACGUUGACGAAAUGAGGGAGCAGCUCACCCGAUUAGAUGAGCAGGCCAGAAAGAUGGAUGGGAUCAGGGAGCAAUUGGGGAGGUUGGGCUCCUUGGCAGACGCUUCGGACCUGGUGCGCUGGAGCUCCCUCUGCGAGAUGCUCACGGGAAAGAGCUACACCGACCCAGAGGGCUUGGAGAAGUCGUCCCGGGAAGUGCUGGCUACCCUGGGACAGCUGCCUGGGAAGCACGAAGUGCUGCUGGCCCAAAUCACUCAGCUGGAGGAGCAGAUGAAGCAAGCCGGCCUUCGGGGCCUUUCUGGAGAACCACCCGAAAUGGAGUCUCUGCUAGAGCGAAUAAAUUGGAUCCAAAGUCAGGCUGAGAAGGGCAAGGAAUCGCUGAAGGGCACCAUGGAUCAGAUGCAGAGACUGAAGGAUCAGUGCGAGAAGCUGCAGACAGGCAUGGAGAGGAUGAUGAAGAGCACGUCAGACAUCCAGACCAUGCGCAUAAUGUUGGAGCAGCUGGAUAUCACAAAGGCAGACAAAGCCCUGAUCCAGGAAGAGAUGAACGUGAAAGCCGACAAGAGCCAGCUGGAGGCCAAGGUGAACCAUGUGGAGCUGCAGUCGGCCACCGCCCAGCUGAGCGAGAUGAUGCAGGACCUGCUGCAAAAGAUGUCCCUGCAGGACAAGGACUGGCAGAAAGCCCUGGAGAAGCUUUUCACCGACAUGGACUGCAAGCUGGACCGCAUGGCCCUGGACCCUCUGAGCCGGCAGCUGGAGCAGGUGUGGCAGGUCGUCAAGAAGUACCUGAGCGAGGGCCCCCGCUUUGACGCAGACAGUGCCGCUGGCUUUAAGAAACAGCUCUUUGAGAGAGUGAAGUGCAUCUCCUGCGACCGGCCAGUGACCAUGAUGACCGGGCCGCACAUGGUGACCAUGCGGAAGGGCAGCGCACGCCGUCGUCCGGCCAGUGCCAGUGGCUACGAACACCUGACACGCCUGCAGAGGAAGGACGGGGAGGCGAGCGAGGCCAGUGGCGCCCAGCCCCCGCAGACCUGCUGGCAGUGCCAGGCCCACCACCAAGCAUGCAGCAUCAAACGCCUGACCCGAUCCCAGGACCUCACCACCAUCUACCCCUACGGAGACCCGACAGCCAUCACUUACGAUAACACCGAGGUGGACAUCCUUGGCGUCAACGGCGUCCUCUACAAAGGCCGGGUGGGCGCCCAAGCAGUCGAGCGCUCCCUUGCCCUCCAGAGGGAAUUCACAGUCCUGAAGUGUCCCCGGCCCCCCCUGGGGAACAGGAUGGAGAGAGCCCGCUCUGCCUAUGCCGACGUCAGCGCCUCGCCCUAUGCAUUGCCUGCCGUCCGAAGGAUAGCACCAGGACGCCAGCAGCAGCUGCAGAUGCAGCAGGAGAUCACCUUCGAGACGGUGGACGGGACGGUGGCCUCCACCUUCAGCCAGAGCAACUUCAAGAGCGGUGGAAGGUUGGCGGGCAUGUGAGCUGCGCCAGUGGCUUGCCCCUUGGGCGGCUCUGCCAGGCAGCACCCGCCCCUCCCUUGUGUUAAUUGCGGGUGCCCCCCUUCCCCGGCAGGUGGGGCUGCGACUCAGGAGUAGCUCCAGGGCUGCCCUGCUGGGCCUCCCCCCUUCCCUUUCGCCGCCCAACUGAGAGGGGCACUUCAGGCAAAACCAACCCUGGCACCACCUGCCACCAGCUGCUGCCUAUAGAGGCCCAGUUGCCCCUGGAAGAUGGGGGGGGCCUUAGGAGCAGCAGUUGGUGAGCAGCAUGGGUGCUGGCAGGGGAGGGGCAGUGUUUGCCCCCAGCCAGGAGUGGGAGGGGGUCCAGCCAGGUGACCCGGGCCUCUCCCCACCCAGUUGCCAGAAUGCCCCUUUUGGAGGACCCUGCCUCCUGCCCUCUCACCUGGGGGCCGCAGUCAACACAGCUCGCCCCUCUCCCCACGGAUCCACGCAUGCCCACAAACAAAGUGGAAGCUGGAGGUUGUGCGAAUGAGUCAUACUUUAAUGGGAAAGGUGAGCUUUAGAUGCCAGAGAGAGAA